AUGGCAAGAUGCUUCUGCCAGUUUCAUUCCCCAUUCUCGCUUUCAUUGCUGCGUAGAACCUCUGCCAAUACGAAUAUUUUCUUCCUCCAAUAUUGCCCUCCAAAAUCCCACAAAUUUACCGCCCCAUCACUUCUUCACCACAAAGUUCCGGGUGUUCCAUUUUCUUCACUAUCAUCGCCAUCAUCCAUGGAAAACCCUCCUCAAGGCUACAGAAAAAAUGUCGGAAUUUGCCUUAUGAAUCUCUCUAAAAAGAUUUUUGCAGCUUCAAGGCUUGAUGUACCAGACUCUUGGCAAAUGCCUCAGGGUGGAAUUGAUGAGAACGAGGAUCCGAGAAGUGCUGCUAUCAGAGAAUUAAGAGAAGAAACUGGAGUGAGUUCAGCUGAUAUUAUUGACGAGGUGCCUUGUUGGUUAACAUAUGAUUUUCCACCGGGCGUCAGGGAAAAACUUAGGCAUCAAUGGGGUUCAGACUGGAAAGGUCAAGCACAAAAAUGGUUUCUUUUUAAAUUCACUGGAAAGGAUGAUGAAAUCAAUCUUUUGGGUGAUGGGUCUGAGAAGCCUGAAUUUGGAGAAUGGUCAUGGCUGUCACCAGAAGAAAUAACCAGCCUCGCAGUGGAUUUCAAAAAGCCUGUAUAUAAGGAAGUUUGGACUGCUUUCUCUCCACAUCUUGAGUAG